CUUGCAGUAAACUUCUCUACUUCCUGCUCGCCGUCCGAAUCUUAAAGGCUGAAAAGGCGAUGUUUUUGAAGAAAGGGGAUUAUAUGUCGAUUGAUUUGGAUUAAACUUGAGUCCAACAUGAGCUGGAAUCCUUUCAAAAUCGGACAACCGAGGAAACAGAUUGUUUCAAAAACGGUUGAAAGGGACUUUGAGCGGGAAUAUGAGAAGCUCCAAAAGCUGGAAGAACAGACCAAGAAGCUGCAUAAAGACAUGAAGAAAAGCACAGAGGCUGAUUUAGCCAUGUCUAAAGCAGCGGUGAAGAUCUCGGGAGACUUGUUGAGUAAUCCGUUGUGUGAGCAGGAUCAGCAUUUCCUGGACUCCAUGAACGCUCUGGAUACGGCCAUGAAGAGGAUGGAUGCAUUCAAUCAGGAGAAGGUCAAUCAGAUUCAGAAGACUGUGAUCGACCCUUUGAAAAAGUACGGCAGUGUGUUUCCCAGUCUGAACAUGGCAGUGAAGCGCAGGGAACAGGCUCUUCAAGACUAUAAGAGACUCCAGUCCAAAGUGGAGAAGUAUGAAGAAAAAGAGAAGACGGGACCCAUCAUGGUCAAACUCCAUCAGGCCAGAGAAGAGCUGAAGCCCGUCAGGGAAGACUUUGAAGCCAAGAACAAGCAGCUUUUGGACGAGAUGCCCAAGUUCUACAACAGCCGCAUCGACUACUUUCAGCCCAGCUUUGAGGCUCUGAUACGAGCUCAGGUGGUGUAUUUCACCGAGAUGCACAAGAUCUUCACUGAACUGAACGAUCAGAUCGAUCAGAGCGCUCUGACGGAUGAACAGAGGAAGCAGGAAAACGAAGCCAAACUCAACGAGUUGCGUUCGCUGUCCAUCGUAGCUGACGACUGAGACGCCAAACCAUCACCAGCGCAGCAGCUAUUUAUUCGUUACUUGUUGAUUUUGUCUACUUUUGAAUAUUCCCACACACUAAAACAAAAAUGGUUCGUUGGAUUCACUACAUUUGUUUUCUAAGGUAAGUGGUUGCAAACAUUUUAUAUGGGCUGAAUUUAAGCGCAAACACGUGAAAUUUAAUAAUGUUCAACUUAAUUUGUUUGUUUAAAAUCAGCCGAUAUAAAUUGUUUGCAACCACUGACUUGAGAAAACGUUAAUAAAUCCAAUCAAUCUGUUUUGUUCAGUGCAGAUGAAGCCAUCAGGAAACACUCAUGAAAACAUGUUCAGAUUCACAUAUUAGCGUUUCGUUUUCUCCAUUUAUUGUUGUUGUGUUAGCGUUAGGUUUUCUAGUGUUGGUAUUGAUAUUAAUAUCUGGUGUUGAUAUUGAUAACUGAUAUUGAUUUAGAUAACUGAUAUUGAUAUUAAUAUCUGAUGUUAAUAUUGAUGACUUGUAUUGAUAUUGAUAACUGAUAUUGGUAUUAAUAACCAGUAUUGAUAUUAAAAACUGAUAAUGAUAACUGAUGUUAUUAAUAAUGGGUAUUGGUCUUGAUAACUAAUAUUGAUAUUAAUAUUUGACAAUGAUAUUAAUAUUUGAUGUUGAUAUAAAUAACUGGUAUUGAUAUUAAAACUAUUAUUGAUAACUGGUAUUGAUAUUGAUAUCUGGUAUUGAUAUUGAUAACUGAUAUUGAUAUUGAUAACUGGUAUCGAUAUUGAUAACUGAUGUUAAUAUUAAUAACUGGUAUUGAUAUUGAUUACUGAUAUUGAUAACUGGUAUUGAUAUUGAUAACUGAUAUUAAUAACUGGUAUUGAUAUUGAUUACUGAUAUUGAUAACUGGUAUUGAUAUUGAUACCUGAUAUUGAUAACUGGUAUUGAUAUUGAUAACUGAUGUUAAUAUUAAUAACUGGUAUUGAUAUUGAUAAUUGAUAUUGAUAUCUGGUAUUGAUAUUGAUAACUGAUAUUGAUAUUGAUAACUGGUAUCGAUAUUGAUAACUGAUAUUGAUAACUGGUAUUGAUAUUGAUAACUGGUAUUGAUAUUAAUAACUGGUAAUGAUAUUGAUAACUGAUAUUGAUAUUGAUAACUGGUAUUGAUAUUGAUAACUGAUGUUAAUAUUAAUAACUGGUAUUGAUAUUGAUUACUGAUAUUGAUAACUACUAUUGAUAUUGAUAACUGAUAUUGAUAUUGAUGUCUGAAAUUGAUAUUGAUAACUGGUCUUGCUAUUAAUAACCAGUAUCGGUAUUGAUAACUUAUAUUGAUAUUGAUAACUGGUAUUGAUAUUGAUAACUGAUAUUGAUAACCAGAAUUCAUUUUAAUAACUGGUAUUGAUAUUGAUAACUGAUAUUGAUAACUGGUAUUGAUUUUGAUAUUAAUAACUGAUAUUGAUAAUCGGUAUAGAUAUUGAUAACUUAUAUUGAAAUUGAUAACAGGUGUUGAUAUUAAUAACAGGUGUUGAUAUAAAUAACUGACAGUGAUAUUAAUUACUGGUAAUGAUAAUUGAUAUUAAUAGCUGGUAUUGAUAAUCGCUAUUGAUAUUGAUAACAGGUGUUGAUAUUAAUAACAGGUAUUGAUAUAAAUAACUGAUAGUGAUAUUAAUUACUGGUAUUGAUAAUUGAUAUUGACUACUGAAAUUGAUAUCAACAACUGAUAUUGAUUUUUAAUAUUAAUAAGUGAUAUUGAUUUUGAUCCAUCAAGAAACACUCAUGAGAACAUGUUCAGAUUUGCAUGUUAGCCUUAGAAGUUUCUCCAUUUAUGUUGUUUUGUUAGCGUUUGGUUCUUCUAGUGUUGUCAGAUGGUUUUUGCCUUUAUUUUCAUUAGAACUGACCUGUGAUCCAUCCUGGAGUUGAACGAUUUCCUGAGUUUUAUCAUCCACCAGAGGCCAAAUUGAUAUUCCGUUUCUGAUAAGCUCAAGUGUUCAUACAGCUCAUUCCUCUUUGUUCGGUUUCUGGAGUUGACUCUAAUUCUGAGAAGGGUUUAUUUCUGAUCCUUUAAAGCAUAUUCAAUUAGUGAAACACUGGAUGAUAUUGAUAUUAAUACCUGAUAUUAAUAUUGAUUAUUGGUAUUGAUAAUGGUAACUGGUAUUAAUGACUGCUAUUGGUGUUUAUAAUGGAAAUUGAUAUUAAUAACUGGUACUGCUAUUGAUAAUAGAUAUUGAUAACUGUAAUUGAUAUCAAUAACUGGUAUUGAUAUUGAUAUUAAUAACUGGUAUUGGUAUAAAAACUGAUACUGAUAACUGAUAUUGGCAUUAAUAACUGGUCUUGAUAUUGAUCAUUGGUAUCGAUAUUACUUAUAUUGAUAUUGAUAACUGAUAUUGAUAUUGAAAACUGGUAUUGAUAUUAAUAACUUGUAUUGAUAUUGAUAACUGAUAUUAUUGUUAAUGAUUGAUACUAAUAUAACAAGCUGACAAACUGAUAUUGGUAUUAAUAAUGGGCAAUGAUAUCGAUAACUGGUAUUGAUGAUCAAGUAUCUGGAUAACUGGUAUUGACAUUGAUGAAUAAUAUUAAUGUUAAUAGCUGGUAUUGAUAACGGAUAUUGAUCAUAAUUGAUAUUAAUAUUAAUAACUGAUAUUGAUAUUAAUAGCAAGUAUUGAUUGUAACAAGUCAUACAGAUGAUUGCUAUUGAUAUUAAAAACUGGUAUUGAUGAUAUUGAUAUCUGAAAUUGAUAUCAAUAACUGAUAUUGAUAUUAAUAUCUGUUAUUGAUAAUAGAUGUUGCUAUCAAUAACUGAUAUUCAUACUGAUCCUUUAUAUUGAUGUUGAUCGUUUUCUUGGGCUAAUGUUACAGUGUGCGUGCUUGCGUGUCUGUGUGUGUGUCAGUGAACAGACGCGAUGCUAGUGUGUUUGUGAUGCUCUGUCUCCCUCUAGUGGCAGAUCUCAAACAAACUUGUUUCUGCUAACAGACCUGUGUGUUUGUUUGAUCAUGAAGGACAUUUUGAUGUUAUUUAACAACAGUCUUAGAGCCAUAAUCUACUUGCCAAUUGUUUCAUUUCAGUCUGAAGUAUCAUCAGUUUCUGACAAUCGUUAUGUAAUGAAGUAUACUGUAGUUUAAACUGGAAUAUAUAAAUCCAAUGGAUAAAUGUGCCUUGACUGUAGGUGAUGUUGAUCGCCCGAUUCCCAGGUUCGAUUCCCAAUGGUGGAAUGUAAACGUUGGCUUCAGGUUAAUGUUAAAAACUAAUUUCGGAUAAAAACAUCUAGGAAACAAUAUGCAAAUUCAGAUCUCCCAUUUUUACAUUCCUGCUUUGCGUUGAGCAGAGGUGAACGUGCGUCUACUGAAGUAACCUGAAGCUGUUUUACAGCCUUGUUUGGUUGAGUUUUUUUAACAGAAUGUGUGUUUUCUCAGACUGGAAUGUUUUUCUUUUAAUCAUGUUUGUUUGUUGUUGUUUAGUUAUACAUUCUUACAAUAAAUUUUGUGUACAUCUA